GGCUCGCUCUACACGUUCCAUUCUUCUGAAUUAGUUAUGUGCUUGUCCACAAGCCGCUUCGAUCGAAGAAACCAUCUUUUGAAACAUCCUUCUUCACAGUAUUUGUCAGGAACCUGUUGUGUCGAGUCCCUCUGAGAAUUAUUGGCUUCCGGUUUGUCGUAGAGUUCCCAGAAUGGGCGACUUUGAGGCGAAGGGUGAUGAAUUCGCCAAGAAAGCGGACAAAAAGCUGAAGAGCUUCUCGUUGUUCGGGAGUAGCAGCAAGUACGAGGACGGGGCUGAGUUGCUGGACAAGGCCGCCAACCAGUAUAAGCUUGGAAAAGCAUGGGAGAAGGCGGGAGAAACAUAUGUGCACCUUUCAGAAGUACACAAAAAGUUGGAAAGUGAGCAUGAGGCGGCCUCGGCUCUUGUUGAUGCUGCAAAUGCAUACCGGAAAGUCAAUAGUGCAAAGGCGCUGGAGUGCAUGCAGAACGCGGUCGGCAUCUUCACCAACAUCGGGCGGCUGAGCAUGGCGGCCAAGCAUCUCAAGGACAUAGCGGAGAUCUACGAGAAGGAGGACAAUGCAGAGGACGCGCUCACCUUCUACCAGCAGGCGGCCGACCUAUAUGCAGGAGAGGAGGUGAACAGCACCAGCAACCAGUGCAAGCUGAAGGUGGCCCAGUUUGCGGCGCAGCUGGAGCAGUACCCCAAGGCGGUUGAGAUCUACGAGGAGAUUGCCAAGAGUUCGCUAGACAACAACCUUUUGCGGUACAGCGUGAAGGGCUACCUGCUGAACGCGGGUCUAUGCCACCUGGCGGCCGGCGACGUGGUCAACAUCCGCAACGCAAUCGACAAGUACCAGGAGCUCGACCUCAGCUUCUCGGGGACGCGCGAGUGCAAGUUCAUUCAGGACUUGGCGGACGCGAUCGAGGAGGGCGAGGUGCAGAAGUUCACCGAGGUUGUGUACCAGUUUGACAGCAUGACGCGGCUCGACCCUUGGAAAACGACGCUUUUGUUGCGGACCAAGCAGAACAUCACAGCUAAAGAACAGGAAGAGGACGACUUGACAUAACCAUGCUAGCUCUGGUCCUUCCUCCUCUUCUGGACCACAGGACAUGAACCUUCCAUGUACAGUAGUUGGCGCCACUGAAUUGCUUGCCGUUUCAAGUUUGGAUCUCCACUGCGACGUACGGAUCAUACAUACAACCGGGCCGGGUUCAAGAUUUGUGCAGCCGGACAUACUGGAGUUGAGCUUCCGACAUUUGCUGGGCCCUGCAUGCAAGCUGCCCAUGACGGUUAAUUGAAUCUGCAAUACCCGGUGACUUGGUACAGCUGAGUCAGUACAUGCCAAUUAAAUUGAAGGAGCUUUAAG